AUAGGUACAAAUAGGCAAUACUAUGAUUGUAUAUUAUAGGCUGUGUGUACAGUAUGUACAUACAGUACGGGCAUCUUGCAGAUGGCAUGUAAACGUUGGAAUAACGGCUGACCGUUGAGCAUCAUUUGCCAUUUGCCAUUUGCCAAUAAUAAAACUAAUAACUAAUAACACAGUAAUAAAUAUAUCUACCCCAUUCGCAAAUUCUGAAAUUCGGGUUUCGUCAUAGUCCCACAACAGAUUGCUAGCGCUACGAUUUCGCCGUUCAUCAAUAAGUAAUCGAUAUUAUUGCGACUAAGUGCGGGACAUCGUCCGGACAGCAGCGGUCUAGGAUCGUCUUCGUUGCUCCAUAACUCCGGAGGAACGAACGAAAUCGAAUCUAUUUGGCCUGUGAACCUGGAUAAACUUCAUUUUCCAGAAAUAUCUGCGGCAGUAUUGAUAGGAUUGUGCAGAAAGUCGAGAAGACGUAAUUCUGAAAUGGUGAAAAGUGCCCUGUUGAGGCUGAUUGGCCGACAUAAUGACAGCAACAUUCCGUAUGGCACCCAAGCGGAGUCACCGAACUGUACUCCAAUAAAAUUUACUCCAAUUGAAGUGGAUCCCGAAAGAGUUCCACUUGCGCGGAACAAAAACCUUCCACAACGGAGCAAUACUUCCGCUGGAUUUGUUCAGAGAGUACGGAAUUCUUUUCGGUUCAAAAAGAGGUUAGCCCGCGAUUACGGACUGAUGGAAAACCAACCAUCGCCGAUUAGGCAGCAGUUUUCUUUGGCCGAUGGAACAUGUCAAGAAUCGAUGCAAUCCCAAAAUCACGAAUCUCCCGUAACUUCCUUGGCAUCCGAUCCAUUAAUUCAAUUAAUAAGCUGUGAAGAGUCCGGAUUGUCCGACAAGGAAACAUCCACCAGUAACCGGGAGAAUACUCCUUGCUCCGAGCCGCUCAUCUCCUUUGAUCAUUCGCCAGACGGAGGUCCCAUUCGAGACACUUCCACUGACCUGCUCCUGGAUGCUUACUUUAAAACUCCGGACGGAAUGCGCAAAUAUCAUCGCCGAUCGAAAGUGCUUCUCAGUUUUCGGGAUGAUUAUUUGAUAUGAAGGGCAACUGAAUGCUGAACCGUUGCACAAACCUACAUCGUCUCAUAAUGGAUUACCAAAGCUGCACGUUCAUGAUAGUUUGCUGGCAAUUCUUUUCAAGUGAACCUAAGCCGACGGCUUUUGUUACAAUUAUAAUCGGCUGACAUAAUGCCACAUUUCCUUCCGACGAUUUGUGCAUUAAAUUUUGUCUGACUCCACUGACUGAAUUUUGUACGAGUACUCGUAUAUAUUAUCGUACAUGAUUAUCAUUUUUCUGUUAGUAUAUCGUAACCAGGUUAGGCAUUCUGUUUAUCUUUUUAAUUUACUUUUUUUGUACUUACUGGACAAGGUUCGGACAAUAUGCUGUGUAAUUGCGGCUGAAGUCAGGUUCAUGUAUAAACAGCUUUA